AUGGCUGAAGACGAAACUGCGAAACUAUGGAAGGUCAAUCGGACAAUUCAUGAACUUGUAAAAGAUAGGGGGUACCAAGUCUCGGACGAUGAGAUCAACAUGGACCUGACUACGUUCAGGUCGCAUUAUGCAAACAGUGGAGGCAGCGUCGAUCGAAACCAACUCAAUUUCUUCACGAAUUCCAGAGAAAAUCCAGCAGAUCAGAUUUUCAUAUUCUUUUCAGAUGAGAAAAGCGUCGGCGUUAAAACAAUGCGGAAGCUAUUGGGUAUUCUCGAGGAGAAGUCGAUCAUGCGGGGGAUCAUCAUCUUUCCUGGCAACAUGACGCCAUCUGCACGAAAAGUAAUUGCGGCGAUGUCUCAACAAUAUCGGCUUGAGGAGUUUUCAGAAGCUGACUUGCUCGUCAAUAUCACGCAUCACACACUGGUCCCGCGGCAUGAGGUGUUGACUGAAACCCAGCUUCCUCGAAUACAGCUGGCCGACCCCGUGGCAAGAUACUAUGGACUUCGGCGAGGCCAAGUCGUUAAAAUCACUCGUCCGAGUGAAACCAGCGGUCGAUACGCCAGUUAUCGUAUAUGUUUCUAG